UAGCAAUUCACCAGCUAGUGUGAUGGCAAAUUUUUGGUUGGGGAUACAGUUUGCUGGAAUUGGACAUUUUAGUACUGGACAACUUUGUGGGCUUUCAAUUCGUGAUUCUUUACAUUACUAAAAGGUGUUUUUUUAUUUCGAUAACGUCUGUAUCUGUAUCCUAACAGCCUGAACUCAUUUGGAAAGCUCGAGUAAUUUACCAUAGUAACAUCUCACUAGUAUAUGUAGAUUAUGAACUUAUUUUAAUAUGUUCCCUAUAUCUUGAUUGCGUUAACCAUCAUUUGUUUGCUUAGACUGUUGUUAUCAGUAGGAAGGUUAUCUAUUGCGCUUGUUAUUCACGAUCAAUUGCAACUAUCGUUCACAAACACUGUUUGUAUGCAAUUUUACAGAAAAUUAGGAUGAAAUAAAGUAUCGUUAAAAAAGCCGAGUAUAUUUCAGUAGUUCCUUAGUCUUUUACUUUGUUUGUGCUGUCUGUGGUAAGUCUCAGAAAUGUGGUUUAUUGGCAAGAUAUCUUGUUUCAGACCUAACACAAGUCUCGACGCUUCAAGCCAUAAUCUAACUUACUUAGUGUCUCAUGUUUAUUUUACACACUGAACUAACACAACUUGAAAGCUCUUUGGAACCCAAUCGAAGCUAACUACCUGAAAUUUAGUUAAUGGAAAGUGCACGUAUAAUCUCUUCAAAAUGGUCGUUUUGGCUCUUUUUUACUCCAAUUGAUGGUGAAUCAUGGUGAUGUACACACUUAGUGUUAUGAAUAUUAUACUAUGCAUAUUGGUGUUAAUAAAUCAGACUAUUUACCAUCAUUGAUAGUGCAGAAAUCACCUGUUAACUUUUAUAUUGGACUUUGCCUCGCCUUAUUGUCGACCUUAUUCAUUGGAACUAGUUUUAUAUUUAAAAAGCUUGCACUUCGUCGAAGUUCCAGGAAUGGAUUUAGCGCUGGUGAUGGAUCCCUAAGUUAUUUGUGUGAAUGGAUGUGGUGGAUGGGUUUUAUUCUAAUGGGUAUUGGUGAAUUUGCCAAUUUUGUAGCGUAUACAUUCGCUCCAGCUAUACUAGUGACACCAUUAGGUGCAUUAUCUGUACUUGUUAGUGCACUGUUAAGUAUACGCUUUUUAAAUGAACGUUUAAAUUGUAUUGGUGGAUUUGGAUGCGGUAUAUGUAUAUUAGGUUCAACUUUAAUUGUAUUACAUGCACCAAAAGAACAAAAUUUAACAUCACUACAUGAAAUGUGGUUAAGAGCUACCGAUCCAUCUUUCAUUAUCUACAGUUUAUUCGUUAUAUUAAUGUCCAUCGUAUUGAUUUUUAUUUUGGGUCCACGUUAUGGUAAAACAAACCCAAUUAUCUUCACAUUGGUCAGUGGAAGUAUUGGCUCAUUGUCAGUUGUUGCUUGUAAAGGUAUUGGUGUAGGAUUAAAAAAUGCAUUCACUGUUGGCUUUUCAUCAAUGUUCUCAUCAUGGUUUUUUUGGUUCCUGAUGAUCUGGCUUAUUGGUGCAAUCACAAUACAAAUGUAUUAUUUAAAUCGAGCAUUAGAUUUAUUCAGUACUGGCAUAAUUACACCGUUACUAUAUGUGUUCUUCACUGGCUUUGUAAUCAUUGCAUCAACAGUGUUAUUUCAUGAAUUAAAUGCAUUGAAUUAUAUGGAUUAUGUUGGUUUAAUAUUCGGUUUGAUAUUCACAGUGUUAGGUAUUGUUAUGAUUACUGUGCUAAAGGAUUCCAAUUUCUCAUGGAAGAGCUUACGAACAUUUUUUCAGGCAAAGCAUUCAACCUACUCGUCAUCAAACAGUUCAUUUGACAUGCACAAUAAACUUUAUCGUCGUAUUACUGCAUUCAAACUAACAUUGUAUGACUGGAAAACUCGACAUGGUAGACGUUUAUCAUUCGAUCAAUUGAGUACCGAAAAGUUAAUCUCUGAUCAUCAUUCUGAUUCUGAACUCACUGAUGUUGUACAGCUAUUGCCACAUAUAACUAGUCGUAAUAUUAAUCAAAAUGGUCAUCUAAUGUCAGGUAAGGCAAAAAUGAAAAGAAUUCAAACAUUUACUGAUUCUCCACAAUUGUAUACUCUAACAAACGGAAUAGUUUCUGUCUCUACUUAA